AUGUCGGGAAGAAGACAGCAGAAGGUGAUGGUGCCUCCAAUCAACUUCUUGUUUAAGUUGUUGCAGCAGCAGUCUCUAUCCUCCAUUUGGUUGUACGAACAGACAGAGAGCAAGAUAAAUGGCCACAUACGGGGAUUUGAUGAAUUUAUGAACGUGGUGGUCGACGAUGCCGUGGAAGUCAACUCCAAGACCAAGGAAGAGAGGAAGUUGGGGAGAAUACUGUUGAAGGGGGACAACAUAACGUUAAUUUCGAGUCUGGAAAUGUGA